GCAACAUAAUUCUUUACUGUGGUGAGGCGUUUUGCUUGGUUGUGCGACCCCUAUCUGCAGGAGCCGGGCACUGGUCUUCCCCAUGGAGGAGAGGAGGAGGCCCGAGAAGAUGAUGCUCUCAUCCGUUGUCACCGACCUAAGCGAAUGCGCACGAACAUGGGCUCAUUUUUGCAACGACCGCGCGUAAACAACUAAGUUAUCUCUGCGCUCCGUGUGUGUCGUCCUGGAGGAUGAUGGCGUCCCGGUGCACGGAGCAAGCCGUGCAGGAGUUCCUGCUGGAGAGAGGAGGGAGGGUCCAGCAGAUGGAGCUGAUCGAUCACUUCCUAUCAGCCUGUGGGAAAAAUGACCAGUCAAAGGAAGGUGUGGAUCGCGAGGCGCUGAAACGCAUCGUUGACGGCGUGGGUGUCGUGAAGGUGGAGAACGGCGUGAAAUUUGUGUGCCUGGACGCGGAGGGCGACGCGGGGUCGGUGAUGCGUACGAGCGCAGGCGGCCACGAUCACGCGGAGUGCAACGGCAACAUCCAAGAGACGCUGGACAACGAGUAUGUCAACGGUAAUCCUGACAACGGGGAGCAGGCAGGUUCUGCAGGAGCACAGCGUCCACUGUCUGCUAGCCUGGACAAUGACAAGCAGUCAAAUGGCAACGGUCAGCCUGCAGCGCAGUCUCAGUGUAAGACCAACACAGGCGCUUCUACCCCUGCCGGAGGAGGGGAGGUGAAGCUGAGGGACAGGAGGAGGCGAGAGUCGGCCCCGGUCAUCGGGGUGCCGGAUCUGGACCAGGCCCACCCUGGAGGGUCCCACAUCCAGCAGGCGAGGGGGGCGCGCAGGGUGUCGAAAGGCUCCCAGCGGGCCAUGCUGACCAGCUGUCUGUCCGAGGACAGCGCACUGGAGGGGCUGGACCCUGUUGGUGACAUCAACACGCCCAAAGGAAGUCGCAGGAACUUCAUAGAGCUGAUGAUGAGUAGCUCUCCUCAGGUCCGGAGGUCCCUGAUCAACCGCGGCUCUCGCCUCCGAGACUCGGUGCGGAGCGAUGGCGACUCGGCCUCUCUCCUCUCCUCAGCCACCGACGAGGACUGCGCCUCCGUGACCCUGGACCCGCUGGAGCACGAGUGGAUGCUGUGCGCCUCGGACGGCCUGUGGGAGAGCCUGCAGCCCCUGCUGGCCGUCGAGCCGAGCCUGGUGGCCAAGAGGGACUUCGUGACGGGCUUCACCUGCCUCCACUGGGCGGCCAAGCAGGGAAAGGCCGAGCUCCUCUCCCAGCUGCUGGCCUUCGCCAAGGAGAACACUAUACCCGUGAAUGUAAACGUGAGAUCGAGCGCCGGCUACACGCCGCUCCACCUGGCUGCCAUGCAUGGACACACACAGGUGGUCCGUGUGCUGCUGUCGGACUGGGAGGCGGACCCCGAGGCCCGAGAUUACAGCGGGAGGCGGGCCAUCCAGUACCUGCCGGCGCCUCUGGCCGCCAACCUGCAGGAGGAGGGAGUGGUCACCUCACCAGGAGCCGAGUCAGACAGCGAAAACAGCAACGGCAGCAGCAUUUGGGGCCGCGGCUGGAGGUUACCCAGGGUCCUCCAGGGCAACCUGAACCCACUCCGGCUGCUGAACCCCCCAGCAGAGGCAGCGGAGGAGGGGGUGGGAAACGGGAAGGCCAAGGGGGGCAUACAGAGGAAGUCGUCCCUGAGUCGGCUCAACGCCCGGCUGCAUCGGGGGCGCCCCCGGGCCCAGAUCAUCCACAGCGCCUCCUUCAGGGACAGUGGGGAGGUGGGAAGAGGGGAGGACCUGCCCAGCAGCCCUCUCCGAACCAGACCGCUGUCCAACCUGUUCGGAUAACACUACUUUAAACCGGUUAUCAUUCAAACCUUUAUGAUCUGAUAGGUCGGAUAUUUUUGUGAGAAAAAUUAAUAUUACACAUUCUAACAGAGUUGAUUUUAAAGUUUUAUUAUUAUUUAUU